UUCAAUAUAUAUCUACAUAUCUUUGUAAUUUUUAUUUAUAUUUAUUUAACAAUUAUCUUACAAUAAUUGUAUAGUAAAUAUAAAAAUAGUUUAUGAUUAUGAUUAUAUAAAUAUAUUAGUUUAUAUUAGCUAUACAGCUUAAUGCCAAAAUUAUAAAAAUUAUUUUCAUUGUGUAAAAAUUUUCAUUAUGAGAAACUUGAUUUCUAUUAAUUUUAAAGCAAUUCUCAUAUGAAAUUUAUAAUAACAAUAUUAAAUGUAUUAAAAAUAUGUCACUUAAGGCAUUUCUCUUUCUUAAUUCUGUAUGUAUUGAAUAGCCUGCAAAUGGGAUUUUUAAAUCGUUUAUUAUUAUGGUAUUGUUUCCAUGCGAAUUCGAUGACGUGCGUAAGCACCCAUACAGGCAAAAAAUCCAAUGAUUCCAAUGAUCAAUCCGAGGAUCAAUGCCAAAGUAUCUCCAAAAUCGAAGCCGGACGAUGCCAUUACCGAGUCAAACGUCGCGAAAAUAGCAAGCGUCAAAUAAAACCACAUUUUUGCGAUUUACGAUUAAAAUAAGAUUUGGUUAAAUUACGAUAUGACAAGUAACUACAAAACCUCCACGAUGGUGAAUUUUAACAAACACGACAUUCAUGCGAUUUGAAUUUAUAUAUCCUUCGCGUUUAUUAAAAAAAUUUUCAAUUCGCUAGCAAAACUUAUUGUUACCUUUUUUUUUACUUCCUUACGUCAUCGCGCAAAAUGUACAAACCUUUGUUUACCAUGUUUUCAUUUGAUAAUCGUGCAACUAUUGUUUGGCCAUUUCCUCGACAUCAAGCUGUAAUGCAACAAUUAAUAUUACGAGUAAAAUUUGAGGUGGCGUCACUUGCUUACUGGGGAAGUAUAGAGAGAAAUAUUAUAUUGGCGCGUAUCGACCGAGCAAAAACAAUUUUCACCCCUCGUCGCUUACACAUUUCGGCUAUUUUGACACAGCAUUACUUGGACCUCAAGAUUUAGAACAAUACCUAUUAUGGAAUUGUCACAUGAAAUAUUGGAUACAAUAGAUGUUAAUGAUGACAAAGAUGUGAUGGAAGUAAUAAAACAUGCGAUCACAGAGGAAAAUAUUAUAGUAGAAUCAGAAACUACGGAAGAAACAGAAAUAGAAGAAAUUAUAGAAAUAAUAGAAGAAAUAGAAGAGGACAAGGAACAAAAUGAUGUUAUUUUUACUGAAAAUAAAAAUGAAAAAAUUAAAUCAGAAAUGGAAGUUUAUGCUUUUGACGAAGGUAGUUCUGUCUUUAAAACACAUUCUGAAACUAAAUAUGAAAAGAAAGAUCGAUAUAAAAGUAGUAAUAAACAAGUUAUAGCGUAUGAUGUAGAUGAAGAUUGGCAAGAUGAAGAUAUGGAAGAAGAAGAGGAAUAUGAACUGAGAUUUGAAAAUUCUAGUACUUCAAAUAAUUCUACAGAAUCUUUGCAAAGGCAAGGAAUAUCAAAUGACGAUAAAAAAUAUGUAAAUAAUCAAACAAUUUCUUUACCAUUACAAACAAGUAGAUCAGAAUCUAGAGAUAAUAUAGAAUUUUCAGACAAAGCAGAAAAAUCCAAAUUGAAUUUAGAGUUCAAAAAUAAUGUGAAUAGCGACGAGAAUGUUGAUAAUAAUGUAAGUCAUGAAAUUGUAAAAAAUGUUGAGAACAAUCUAUUAUACACCGUUCUUGGUACAAAGAAGCAAAGCUCAGUAAAAACAUUUCAGACAGAUAAACUUUCAGAUGCUCACUAUAUUAAAAUGGAACAGCUUGAUGAAAAUACUAUACCAGUAGGAGGAACAAUUUAUUAUGAUGCAGAUAAUAUAGAAACAUUGUAUGUUGCACAAACAGUAGAUGACAAUGAACAAUAUUAUGAUACUGCAGCAAUGGAAAAUGAGGAGCAAGUAUGGGAAACAACUAAUGCAGAUACCAAUCAAAAUCAAGAAAAAGAAAAUUCUCAGGACCAAAUAUUUUUACAUGAAGAUGAAGAUGGUCAAUUAUAUUUCAAGGAUGAAACUGGUAUUUUACAGCCAGUGUAUUUAACCGAAGAUGGACAUUAUGCCAUUGCAGAGAACAUGGAUGAUUAUGAAAGCAGAUUGUCACAAAUGAAAUAUGAACACAAUGCUAGACAAGUAGAAGAAUCUUACUCUGUACCAGAUAAUGAACUUAAAUCUACUCAUAAUAAUAAACAGAACUCUAUAAUGUCUGCUGCUGAUCUUGAUAACGAAGAUAAUACUGUAACUAUAUCGCUGAUAAUAUCCGAAGAUGAGCAUGGACAGAAAAGAACACAAGUCAUCAUACCAACAACGGAUAACUUAAAGUGUGAUAUUUGUAACAAAAGCUUUAAAACUUCAUUCCAAUUACUUCGACAUAAUAGACUGAAACACGCCCGUGAAGAAGAUAUUACAACCAGGAAUUUCCCAUGUGAUUUAUGUCCUAAGAGAUAUCCAGAUCAAAAUUCCUUAGCCCGACAUAGAAAGACUCAUACAGGUGACCGACCAUUUCAGUGCCUCGAGUGUCAUAAAAACUUUCCAACAUCUACCGCUCUUCGUCGUCACUUGACACUUCAUAAUUCACAAUCUCGACCUCUUCCCUGCAUUUACUGCGGUCGUCGCUUCGUAGAUAAAGCUAGUCUGGUCAAACACGAGCAGUCGCAUUUGGCUGGUGAUCAGCGGACCCACACAUGCGAUGUAUGUCAUAAGUCAUUCUUACAUGCAACUGAUCUGAGUCUACAUAAAAAAUAUCAUGAUCCUGAUAAGAAAUUUGACUGUGAGGUUUGUGGUCGAGAGUUCAACAGAUUGAACAAUUUGCAGAGACAUAUGAUGGUACAUCAACAACAAGGGGCAAAUGAAGAAAUACUUUCUUGCGACGUAUGUGGCAUCACCUACAAAUUCAUGAGCUCGUUGACAAGGCAUAUGGUGACGACACAUAUGAAUCCAGAAAAAUUGAGGCAACAAGCGGAAGAACAACGAAAGAAACGUGAAAAUAAUUACCGUCGUUACCUAGAAAAUCGAAAGAUGUAUGAAACUCAGCAUUCAGGAGGAUACGGAGCAAAACGCAAUUAUCACAAUACACGUAUACUUAGUAACGAUGAAGCAGCUUGAUUUGCAUUUCCAAGCUAUCACCCAAUGAUCGCCAGAAAAAGUACCAUAGUUUUUCAAAUUAAAAAGAAAUAUAAAGAUGAUAAAUAUUUAUGUAUAACAUAAGGAUAUUUCUCUAUAAUUUUUUUUUUCGCCAAGGAUAAUUGUAUAAAUCUAAUUUAUCGUUGUUUAAACCUAAUUUAACGUAUAACACAAGGAUAUUUCUCUAUCAUUUUUUUCGCCAUAGAUAAUUGUAUAAAUCUAAUUUAAUAAAUAUAUGAAUUGUGUAGUGUUUGAAACAUGUAUCUUUACAAAAUUCAGGUAUGUACUUUAGAAAAAAUAUGGUAUACGUAUGUGUGUUUGAAAUAGAAUAUGUAUAUAUAAAUGUAUUUCAUUUUUAUUGUACACUAGGUAUUUACAUUGUAGAUACAAUUGUUAUUAUAAUAUAGUAUAAAAUAUUACUAUAGUAAUAUAGUAAUUAGUAAUAUUUUAAUAUAUAUUUAUUUUAUUGUAAUUUC